AUGCAGCCAUCGGAGAUCUUCGUCGGCUCGAUUGACCAGGGUACAACUAGCACCCGGUUCCACAUCUUCAAUCGAGAUGGAGAACCCGUGGCGUCGCACCAGGUGGAGUUUUCCCAGAUCUAUCCCAAUCCAGGGUGGCACGAACAUGAUCCUCUUGAACUCGUCACCUCGGUAGAGACCUGCAUCGAACAGGCUGUACACUCAUUCGAAGCCCACGGCUGCAACCGCGCCAGCAUCAAAUGCGUUGGAAUCACUAAUCAGCGCGAAACAACCGUGGUCUGGGACCACGAGACCGGCGAACCCCUCCACAAUGCCAUUGUAUGGACUGACACGCGUUCACAAGCAAUCGUGACCGAGCUGAAACAACGAGCCGGCGCAUCACAGCUCCAGGGAAUAUGUGGCCUGCCACUAUCAACCUACUCAUCUGCCACGAAGCUACUAUGGAUGCUAGCUCACGUACCCAGAGUGAAAGAAGCAUUCGACCGCGGUACGUUGGCGUUUGGAACGGUCGACUCGUGGCUUGUCUAUCGUUUGAAUGGUGGCGUGGGUGCCAACGUUUAUGUCUCGGAUUCGACAAACGCGUCGCGCACAAUGUUCGUCAAUUUGGAGUCGUUGCAGUAUGAUGAUACGUUGCUGGAUUUCUUCGGGAUCAAAGGAAAGAUUCAUUUGCCGAAGAUUGUCCCUUCGUCGGAUGUUCAUUCUUAUGGUGCUAUUGCAUCGGGUGUUUUGAAGGACGUGCCAAUUAUGGGAUGUCUUGGAGAUCAGUCUUCUGCGUUGGUUGGGCAGAAAGGGUUCUUGCCCGGUAUGGCGAAGAACACAUAUGGCACGGGGUGUUUUCUGCUUUAUAACGUUGGUGACAAGCCUGUUUUCUCCAAACACGGUCUUCUGGCCACUGUUGCGUACAAUUUUGGUGGGAAAGCUGUGUAUGCUUUGGAGGGAAGCAUUGCUGUCGCGGGGUCGGGAAUCAAGUUCCUGCAGAAUAACUUGACGUUCUUUCAGGAGUCAAAGGAUGUCAAUGACUUGGCUCUCUCGGUGGAUGAUAAUGGUGGCUGUUUUUUUGUGACGGCUUUCAGCGGUUUGUUUGCACCCUACUGGAUUGAUAAUGCCAAGGGCACCAUUUUCGGAAUUACUCAAUACACUCAAAAGGGCCACAUCGCACGAGCAACCCUGGAGGCGACCUGUUUCCAAACCAAAGCGAUCCUACACGCGAUGGAAAAGGAUAGCGGGAAAGCACUCUCCGAGUUGGCCGUUGAUGGAGGAAUGAGCAAUUCAGACUUGGCCAUGCAGACACAGGCCGAUCUAAUUUCAAUACCCGUCUACCGCCCAAAAAUGCGCGAAACUACAGCUCUAGGUGCCGCAAUCGCAGCCGGUCUGGCGUGCGGCAUAUGGAACAGCUUUGCCGAACUAAGAGAUAUCAAUCGUGCCGGCGGCACCGUAUUCGAGCCGGGUAUCUCUCGUGAAGAGAGUGCAAACAAAUUUGGGGAAUGGGAAAAAGCCGUACGGAUGUCCAGAGGAUGGGUUGAAGGGAACGACAUCCAUGACUCGGCCAGCUCCAUUCAAGCACAAGCAAACGGAACACCCAAGAUCUCAGUGGGAAGCCGCCAUGUUUAUGUUUCCAAGACUACCAAGCCAGCUCUUUCAUCGUCGAUAUCGGAUACCCCGACGGCGAGUGGAGUCAGUGAAACACCCAUGAUGAAGACGCGGAUAUUGAAUGGCGAAGAAUUCUCAUCGGUGAAGGCCCCGCUGGUUAGUAUCUCUGGAGAUCUAGAUGAUGCUGAUGAGGAAGAUUUAUUCAUGGAGCUUAGGAAGUUGGAGAUCUUGCAGAAGUUGAAGAAGUUGCGGAAACUGAAGUCCAGCUAUUACUAG